AUGCCCCUAUUCCGCAGCAACCAGAUGCCCAUCGCGGGGCGCGUAGUAAUUGUUACCGGUGCAUCCCAGGGAAUGGGCAAAAGCGUUGCGAUACUUCUCGCGCAGAAGGGCGCGCACGUCGCCAUUGUAGCCCGGAACCGACAGAAGCUCGAUGACGCGCUGGUAGAAGUCAAGACCGCAGCACGUGAUCCGACGCAGAAAUUCCUCGCCGUCUCAGCCGACCUCUCGACCGGUCCUGGCACGGCCGCCGCCUUCGAAACAAUCGCGGCCUCCUUAGGCGUUCCCGACAUAGUCUGGAACUGCGCCGGCGGCACCACCCCGGGAUACUUCAAAGACCGCACCUCCGCCGAGCUCGAGGGCGAAAUUGGCACGAACUACUUCACGGCCCUCCACACCGCGCACAGCGCCGUGCGCAUGAUGACUGCAAACCCAAUCGCGAACCCCACACAGCAGCAGAAGCGACACAUCAUCCUGACGAGUUCGGUACUGGCGUUCUACCCCAUCGCAGGCUACAAUUCGUAUUCCCCCGCCAAGGCGGCGAUCAGAUCCCUCGCGGAUGGACUGAGACAGGAGUGUAUCCUGUAUGAUAUCGAUGUGCACGCUUGCUUUCCCGCCACGAUAUUCUCGCCGGGUCGCGAGGAGGAGUUGAAGACCAUACCGGAGUUAACGGUGAUACUGGAGGGCUCGGAUGAGGGACAAACGCCGGACCAGGUGGCGAUCGAGUGCGUUAAGGGGCUGGAGAGGGGGGAUAAGCUGGUUACUACUACGCUUAUGGGAAGCGCCAUGAGGGGCGGCUCGUGGAGUGGCAGUCCAAAGGGCGUGUGGGACACCAUCUUCGCGAUGGUGCUGCAAGUGGUGUGGAGUAUUGUGGGGAGGGUGCUGGAUUGGGAAGUGGUGAAGUAUAAGAGGCGACUCGUGAAGGAGGGGAGAACGGUUUAG